AACCGGAAAAAGAUGCGUUCCGGCAGCUUCGUUGGCUGCUAAGAGCGAUCUCGCUGGGGAGGCUCUCGGCGCAGGACCGGGAACCCGUUUUCUUUCGGGCGCUUUGAUAAGUUGGACCCGCGCAAACACAGCGCGUGAGCUUCCGGCGAAAAGGCCACCAGGCUCCCCUCCUUUCCGUGGUCAAGAGUUCAUCCUCUGUCUACCGAAAGGGCGCGCUCCUUUAGCCAGGGCUAAAGAAGAAGAGGGAGGAGGAGGAGGAGGAGGAGGAGGAGGAGAAGAAGAAAGCUGGUCUCCAGAUCACAGCAUGAUAAAGGACAAAGAAGCCUUUCAGAGACUGAAUUUCCUCUACCAGGCCGCCCAUUGUGUGCUCGCACAAAACCCAAAUAACCAAGAGUUGGCUCGUUUCUACUGUCACACCCAGAACAGCAUCAGCCGCAGGCUUGUCUUGAGACAGGACUCCUCUGUGAAAAGGACCAUCUGCAAAUCUUGCUUCUCCCUUCUUGUCCCUGGAGUCAGCUCAACUGUUCGCCAAAGAAAGCGCCGUCAUCAGCGGUGGACUGUUGUGCGGUGCCUGAACUGUGGCCUAAGGAAGCGUUUCCUCAGUAACCCUGAUUACACGUUAUGGUCAGAGCAGCCUGAGUCACUUCUGGAGAACCAGACAUCAACCGGUGCGGGCACAAAAGGCCAGACACCCAAUCCAGAGCAAGAGCCACGCAAGGCCUCCCAAAUGGGAAAGCCAACAGUCCCAAGUUCCAGUCCACGCAGCCUUCUUGCCGCUGAGGAGACCAUGGCGGGCACCCAAUCAAUAGGAGAAAAGAGUGUGAAGUAACGUGUCCCUUGGGAACAUUUCAUUUCCAAGCAGGCAAGUGGCUAUAGCACAGUAGUGAAUCACCUGCCUUGGGUGGAAGAAGCCAGCAAGAAAAAGUUCAGUGCAGAGAAGGUCAUGGAGUAUAUUUUCCAAAUCCAAAGUCCAACUCGUUACUUGCAGAACUUCGAUGACUCGGUGACCUUAGUUUUAGGAUAAAGAUACACUGUGUAUGACAGCUAGGUAGAAGGAAGAGCAAAAGCCUUUUCUGCAGCCCACCCCAUGCUCUAGUCAUGAAUGUGUGUAGCUUAUUUGGGUCACCUUGCUUCUGCCACUGCUGGCUGAGUGUGUGUCCCCAGUUCCACCUCUGCGCCCAGAUGGAUGCCUCUUUUCCAAUCCUGCCAGUUGUGAUUUCAGUUUCUGGCUAUAGGCAGCUAGGUGCACUUCAGAUCUGAAGCACUGCAGAUGUUGCUAUCAGAAGAACUGAGUGAGAAGGUGACAAAGAGAAGAGAGUUUCAGUCCCCUAUCACUUUUGUGAUCACUCUCUCAGAAAAAUACAUGAAACCGGAAAUAAAUUUCUGUUUUUAAA